AGGCUGAGACAGAGCAUCCUCAGCAUCAUCCGCAGCAGCAUCAUCCGCAGUAGCAGCACCGGGCCCGGUGCUCCGGUCGCCACCAUGAUGGAGGAAAUAGACCGCUUCCAGGUGCCCACCGUGCACUCCGAAAUGCAGCCCCUGGAUCCGGCAGCAGCUGCCAUAUCUGACGGAGACUGUGACAUGCGCAAGGGAGAGACGGUCGCCAUGAAUUAUAAGCCUUCUCCUCUGCAGGUGAAGCUGGAGAAGCAGCGAGAGAUGGCCAGGAAGGGGUCUCUGAAGAACGGGAACGUCGGCAGCCCGGUGAACCAGCAGCCCAAGAAGAACAACGUUAUGGCGAGAACAAGACUCGUCGUCCCAAACAAAGGAUAUUCCUCGUUGGAUCAGAGUCCUGACGAGAAGCCGCUCGUGGCGCUGGACACGGACAGUGACGACGACUUUGACAUGUCCCGAUACUCGUCCUCGGGGUAUUCCUCAGCCGAGAUCAACCAAGACCUGAACAUCCAGCUGCUGAAGGACGGCUACCGGUUGGAUGAGAUCCCGGACGACGAGGACCUGGACCUCAUACCCCCCAAGUCCGUCAACCCCACGUGCAUGUGCUGCCAAGCCACGUCCUCCACCGCCUGCCACAUCCAAUGAGGACGAGCGCCGCCCACCCGCGCUUCCACCGUGACUGGAACUAAACAGCCAUUGCCUCCUCCUAUGGUAGGACAAGAAGCUGUCAGUGUUCCCGGCGCCGGGAGAAACCAAAAAAAGAAUAA